AAAAAAGUUAUUAAAUCUAUUGAAUUAGAGUUAAAUAAAACUACUCAAGAAGAGUUGAUUACAGAAAAUCAACUUUUUUUAAAUAACUCAGUUGAAAGUUUUCUUACAAAAGAUUUUGAACAUCUAUUUCUUAACAAAAAUGAGGAAGUUACUUUUAAUCAUAGAAUUACUGC